AUGCACGAGACUAACGACCAUCUUGUGGAGAGCGGCUACUUUCGUCGCGUCGUUUCUCGAAGCCGUUUUGCACAGCACAAGCAAUGGUAUGGUGUUCCAGACCAGCUAGUCGUACCUAGGGUGUGCCCCAUCCGCCUGGGUACCAGUGCCAGUUUGGACGAACCAACCAUGGACUUCCAAUACAUGCCACUGGAUAUGGUGGCUGAUGAAAUCAGAAUCAUGUGCAUAAUGCCUGCUCAGGAUGCACAUGCGCCCAUACUCAUUCAUGUGGCGCAUUGUCCGAUUGACACUAACGAACAUUAUACUGCUCUCUCUUACUGUUGGGGCGUGGAUGAUACUCAGGAACAGAUUAUAAUGGCAGGACAAAAGAUGACAGUCCGCAAGAACCUCGCUGAAGCUAUUCGUGUCAUAAGAAACCCUAAUGUCAUCAUGCCAGUUUGGAUAGACGCUCUGUCGAUCAACCAAAAAGACUUGAUUGAGCGCGCUCGGCAGGUGCCGCGUAUGGGGGAGAUAUAUGACUUUGCUACCGCAGUCUACUCAUAUAUCGGGAAUCCCACCGAAGGGAGUGAGUCAGUAUUCUCUUUUACAAAAGAACUCUUCAAACACCCAAUCAAUACCAUUAAGCCUGAUCAAUUAGCAAAGCUAUGUGCAGGCCUAUACAGGCUUUUUUGUAGGCAAUACUUCCGGCGGAUAUGGAUGCUGCAGGUAACUUCUGAAACCCAAAAACCAUUUUGA